UCCACGGACUUCACACGAGUCACAGGAAGGCAUGCAGUCGUGCGAAGACAGAGAAAAGGAGCGUAGGAAGGACGCGCGCUUGGGUCGCUGUGAACAGUAGACAAUAUGGCCACAAGGAUGCAGGUAGUGCUGAGGCUGAUACUUCUCUGCCUUGUGGCUGCUGCCAUAAUGAAAGUUGUCCUACAGGCCAGUUCAAAAAAACAUAACAAAUGGGGGAAGGUGCUUUCAGUGGGUGGCAGAAGGUUCUGGAAGACUAAUGCCUUGAAUAACAUGAAGCAGACAUCACAAGAGAACCAGCAGAUGCUGGAGAUUGCAGAAACAGGGGGCAAAGAGAUCCAGAAACAUGUCCCAACACCAAAGCAUAAUGCACUGGACCAGGCAAAAGAUCCUCUAAGAAUAGUGCAUUUGGACUUGAAAGGCGCAGCCCCCCAAAUCAAAUAUUUGGAGCAGAUCUUCCCACUGCUGUCUGCUUUUGGUGCCAAUGGAAUUCUGCUGGAGUAUGAAGACAUGUUUCCCUAUGAAGGAGACUUAAAGGUUCUCAGUUCUCCACAUGCAUACAGUUUAGAGGACAUCAAAAAGAUCAGGAGUCUGGCCAAGCUGAGCAAACUGGAGGUGAUACCCUUGGUGCAAGUGUUUGGGCACCUUGAGUUCGUCCUGAAGCACAAGAACUUUACCCAGCUAAGAGAGGUGACAAUGUUUCCCAACAGCUUGAAUCCACUGGUGCCAGGUGCACGUGCUCUGGUUGUUGAGAUGGCUGCGCAGGUCCUAAGCAAACACCCAGAAACGCGUUGGUUCCACAUCGGGGCAGAUGAAGUGUUCGGUCUUGGUGAGAGCCAAGAAUCCAAGAACUGGCUGCAUGCAAACAACGGGAACAUUGGAAAGUUGUUCCUUGAUCACGUAACUGCUGUGGGCCAUGCUAUCAUGGAGAAGCAGCAGGGGAUACAACUGCUUAUGUGGGACGAUAUGAUGAGGACAAGCAAUGUGGAAGAUAUCAAAAAAUCUAAUCUGCCCAGUAUUGCCUCACCUGUGAUAUGGAAUUACCUCCCAGACUUCAACCCAGAACAAAUAAAACAUCUCAUUUCAAAAUACCAGAAUGCUGGAUUUAAGAGUGUGUGGUUUGCAAGUGCUUUCAAAGGUGCUUCUGGAAUCGACCAAGUGUGGACCCCUGUGGAACGGCAUCUGAAGAACCACCUGGUUUGGCUUAAAGUUAUAGCAUCCAUGUCAAAAUACCCAUCUAUCUCCUUUCAGGGAAUUGUGCUGACUGGCUGGCAGAGGUAUGAACACUUCACAGCACUGUGUGAACUCCUACCUGUGGCCAUCCCGUCUUUAGCUGUUUGUAUGCAGGCUCUGAAGUACAAUGGCAAUAUGAACAAAGUAAGGGCGGAGACAAAUCAUAUUCUUGGCUGCAACAUUCAACUGGAGAAAGGCAUCUGUGAGGGAAGCGGCGCGUUUCCAGGUUCUGAGUUAUACCACAUGAUUUACUAUAUUCACACCAACCUGCAGCAAGAAACUGUUAACAUGAUGAAAAACUUCAAAGGCGUGUUUACACGUUACCACAGAAAAUACAACUUUGGUAACCCACGAAACCUUGGAUUUUCCAUAGGGAAACUUAAGAAGUUGCUGCAGGCCUGGGAGGCCUACCUGAAGAACUUCCGCAUCCACAUGGAAGACACGUACUUUGCCGACACAGUGGAGGAGUGGAUGGAGGAGAACGUCAACCAGCACCUGGAUCAUCUCAUUUCCACUGUUGAGGAUGUAGAGCGUAUCAUUGCACUCAGUGGGAGGCCCAAGUCAGCUAAAGCACUGCUAUAGCCUCAGAGACACAGUUCAUGGUCCAUGUCACUCGACUGUUUAUUUACUGAUGUCCUUUGUUGUUUUCUUGUGAGACGAUCACUGUGAAAUGCUGCACUGCACUUCCGAAGGAUAUACUAAAGUAGGCCAGAUGGGAGGGUGUCUGGGCCAAAAAGGCAGACCUUCAGCUGCCCGAUUCUUCUUGGCAACAUGAGGUUUGCCCUUGAUGUCCUCCAACAUGCUUUACAGCAAAGAAUAAUAUCAUUGUUUGACAUAUGACCAAAUAAUGUCAGGUACCACAAAUGUUCAUAGUUUUCUAUUCGUUGGUAUAUAUAUCUUUCCAUAUGCCUACCUGUUAAGUCUAAAGAGUAAUUUUUUACUGUAGGGGUAAAAACAUAGUUUUUAAUGGAAAAAUUGGAAUGGAGUACCUUGAUUAUCACCCUGAUGAUUAUUGUACAGUAAAUAAAGAAAUCACAAAAAUGAAUGACAUGCUCUGUCAGUAGCUGAAUCCUUUGGAGUUAUAUGUAAAAAAUUGUCUUAAAUACUUGCAUUUUUCCUAGUUUAUUUGGGGGGGAGGGGAGUAAUGUGUGUGUGUUUGCUUUUUGUAUAUGUUUUGCAUUGCUGUGCAAAUCAACAACUGUUAGCCUUAAAGUAGGCAGGCAAAAAAAAAAAAUCAAAGUCUGACCUGUGCAAUUCUUACUUUAAAAUGUUUAAAGUCUGAUUAUGAUGUUUAAAAUUAUAUGUAUCUAGCAUUGCGUUCUGUGUUUUUUGUGUUAUUAUACAUUAAAUAUUACAAAUGUUAUUACU